CAAAAAACUGAUUUGUCAUUCCUAAACCCACGCCUUUGUUUUUCAGAAAAAUGUGAACCGGUUGUGAUUCCUAAACCCAUUUCCCUUCUGGACCUUCUCGUACUUCACCUUAAUGUUGUCUACAUCCAAACAUGGAGCUCUCACUCUUUCUUCAAUUCUCCUCAAACAUCUCACACCCCUUACAGCAUUUUCACCAUUCUCUUCAAAACCCGAUUCAAAUUUCACAACCCCAAAUCAGAUUGCCACAAUCCCAAAACAACCCGCUGCAAGAACAAGAGUCCCACAGGUUUCAGACCCAGUAAGUGCUUCUGUUGUAGAUUCAGUAUGUUCUUUACUUUCUAAAGAAACCGCCAGUGUUGAUAGUUUGUUGAGUGGUUUCAAACACGAGUUGAGUUCAGAAGUGGUGCUUCAAGUUUUGAUGAAUUAUAAGCAGCUGGGAAGGAGAAAGACAUUGGACUUCUUUUCUUGGGCUGGGUUUCAAAUGCAUUUUCAGUUUGAUGACUGUGUGGUUGAGUACAUGGCUGAUUUCUUAGGUAGGAGGAAGCUCUUUGAUGACAUGAAGUGUCUUUUAUUGACUGUGUCCUUGCACAGGGGUCGGGUUUCGUGUCGAACAGUUUCGACUUGUAUUAGGUUUCUGGGUAGGCAGGGAAGGAUUAAAGAAGCACUUUGCGUGUUUGAAGAAAUGGAAUCUAGAUUUGGGUGUAAACCUGAUAAUCUUGUGUACAAUAAUGUGCUUUAUGUGCUUUGUAAGAAGGUGUCAUCUGGGCAUUUGAUUGAUUUUGCGCUUGCAGUUUUUCGGAGAAUUGAAUCCCCUGAUAUGUAUUCGUAUAGUAAUAUGCUUGUUGGUUUGUGUAAAUUUGGUAGAUUUGAGACUGCUGUUGAAGUUUUUGGUGAAAUGUGUGGGACUGGUUUGGUUCCUACUAGGUCUGCAGUGAAUGUUCUUAUUGGAGAGUUGAGUUUAUUGAGUGCGAAAGAAGCAGCUGUUGCUAAAGUAAGAGUGAAAAAUGUUCGUAGGCCGUUUAAGAUUUUGGUUCCAAAUGUGCAUGAAAAGAGUGGUGCUAUCCAGCCUGCACUUGGAGUGUUUUGGGAAGUUUAUAAACUAGGCUUAUUACCUAGUACUUUUGUCAUAAUCCGACUUCUAUCAGAGCUUUGUCAAUUGGGAAAAAUGGAAGAGGCUGUUCGGGUCUUGAAGGCUGUUGAGGGUAGGAAGCUGAGUUGCGUGGAGGAGGGCUACUGUAUUUUGAUGAAGGGAUUGUGUGAACACUGCUGCGUUGAGGAAGCUAGUCAUUUGUUUGGGAGGAUGCUCUCUCAGGGCAUGAAGCCAAAGUUGACUAUUUAUAAUUCUAUUAUCUGCAUGCUAUGCAAACUAGGGAAUUUGGAUGGUGCUGAAAGUGUCUUUAAGAUGAUGAACAAGAAGAGGCGUCUUCCGGAUAGUUGUACUUAUUCUGCAUUGGUCCACGCUUAUUGUGAAGCUGGAAAAUGGAAAGCUGCUUAUGACUUGAUGAUAGAAAUGCUCGGUUUGGGCUGCUCUCCGCCUUUUCACACUUAUAGCUUAGUGGAUAAACUUUUGAGAGAAAAUGAACAAACAGAUUUGUGUUUUAAAUUGGAAACGAAGUUGGAAACCCAGAUCUUGGAGAAGCUAUGCAAAGAUGGUCGAUUAGAGGAUGCGUAUGAGAAGCUAAAGUCAAUGAUUGAAAAGGGGUUUUACCCACCAGUUUAUGCGAGAGAUGCUUUUAAGAAUGCAUUUCGGAAGUAUGGAAAAUUAAAAAUAGCUCAGGAUUUGUUACAGACGAUAGAUGACUUAGACAACAAUGAGGAGAAACAACUUAGCUGUCAAUGAACAUAUCAACAGAAGUACUUUCCACCGUCAACUGAAGAAGAUCUCUGAAAAAGAUUGAUACACGAUCAAACAGAUAGAGAGAAGAAAUGAUUGGGGUCAAUGCUUGACAACAGAUAUAACGUGAAAACUCCUUUAUAUAUGGCAGUGUGCCUUGUUCACAUGAAAAAUCUGAAACCUUGGAGAGCUAAUGCAGUUGCAAGUACCUUAAGCAAUGAUGCAGACAAAUGGAAGAGCGAGGAAAGAUCAAACCAGCAAUGAAGUUGUGCUGUGAUCACUGUAAACAAGGAUUAGACUCAAGUUUUCUGAAAAGAACAUGGAGACAACAUACCAGGAAAGAUUCAUCUUUCUGUGUGGCAAGUUGGCUGGCAUUCACCCUGCUGUAUGUUGAGUAUUUGGUAGAUUGUUAUCAAAUCUAUCAUGACCAAACAUGGUUGUCAUCAAAGUGAAUUAUCAAAAUUCAAGUUUUUGUUCUGAUGCUUUUGUCACUUUGUGGCUAUAGAAGUGUACAAUCUGGAGUUGCAGUCUUCUGUCAUGAAUUGAUUAGUAAAUCAAAAUUUUACUCAUCCGUAAAGAGUUCAGCAUCUUGUGGUCUCCAUUUCGGCUCGAGUUUCAAAGAUUAUAAGACUUGGGAAAUCCUAAAAGAUCUUUAUUUGAACACCUUUAGCAAUGGAGAACAAAGUGAACAGUUGAGGAUGUGGUCAAGGCAAGAGGACGAGAGGCCAUAUUGAUUGGCUUUGCAGUCGAUCUGCAAGCGCUGAAAGGUUUGAAGGAUUGGGAUAGUCCAUGACCAAAUUAUUGCAGCUAAACCAAGUACAAAUAUUCUGACACCAAUGGAAUGGGAUAUCAAGACAUUGUUAAAGAUGUAUAGGGAAUGCCAGAGGUUCUUUAAAUCUUAUUGGAAACAUUUGGCGGACAACCACACUCUUAGUCAAUUUACUCCCUUGCAGGAAGGCCAAAGAACCUCCUAAGGUACGGGUGUUAUUAUGGAAUACUUUUCAUGGAAAAAUUAAUUGCCGGAGUAGUGCAGAGGAGGACUUUGUCUUUCUCCUCACUGCUGUGAAUUGUAAAGCUGGAGCUAUGAGCAGAAACCAUCUAUUACUUACAUUGUCCAAUUGCUUUAGCGCACGGUUUGGAAAAAGGCUGCUUUGGUAGAUUAUGUUGGGGGGUCGUUGCAACUAAUUGUGUGGCGCUUUGGGAAGAUGGCUAUAUGGCUAUAUUCUGGGUUAUUACUUAUUUGGGUGGAAAGAAACAAGAGGAUUUUUGAAGCUGCUAGGGAGUGAAGAUAGAGCUCGGCUCUGGUAACCAGUUUCCUCAGAACUGAGGGAUUGGUCUGUUACUUAUUCGUUGUUGGCUUUGCUAGUUUUUCUUGACUUUUGUGUUCUGUUUACUGGAUGUCUUAUCCACUGUUCUGUACAUUCAUCCCAUUAUUAGUAAAAUUCAUUUUCCUGUAAAGAAAAAGAUGCCAGUGGUUUCUUGUAAGUUAUUAUUA